GUGCGAACCUUCAGCGAGCGCACUGUUGCAAAACCCGACCGAACCAGUAGGCGAGAAACCUUUCCGACUGCUAGUAACGCCGUGCCGUUGUGCUUUCGUGACAUUCAUACGUUGGCUCACAGGACCUCUGUGUGUUUGAGCGUUGUGCUAAGUUGUGUGUGUGUGUGCGUGUGUGUAUGCAUCUGUGCCCUCACUGGGAGUGUAAUUAGUGCUUCCGACAAUCAAGAGCAAAACAACAAAACCAAACAACUAACUUGUGCAGUGCUGCAAAGUGCAAACUAGACUGGCGAUAAGAACGAAUCACGCCGAAUUGAAUCAAGCCAUCAACUAUCAACGCGAUCAACAUUUCGCGCUUCGCCGCUAGAUGAUGUUCAGCAGCCUUCCGACGGCGCAGGAGCGCACAGGCCAGGACAUGCAGUCGCCAGUGAGCUCGCCCGAGCUCAUCGAUCCCCGCUACAAUCACAUGCGCAUACCAGCCUCCUCGAGUCGCAUACUGUACGAUGUGCCGUGCAAGGUAUGCCGCGACCACAGCUCCGGCAAGCACUACGGCAUCUACGCCUGCGACGGGUGUGCCGGGUUUUUCAAGCGCUCGAUCCGCCGCAGCCGCCAGUACGUGUGCAAGUCCAAGUCGGAGGUGCCGUGCGUGGUGGACAAAACGCACCGCAACCAGUGCCGGGCCUGCCGGCUGAAGAAGUGCUUCGAGGUGGGCAUGAACAAGGACGCGGUCCAGCACGAGCGCGGCCCGCGCAGCUCGACCCUGCGCAAGCAGAUGGCGCUGUUCAUCUCGAAGGAUUCGCCGCUCCGCCACGACAUGAUGCUAACGCCCGGCAUCCCGAUCCCGCACCCCGGCCACCACCAUGCCCAUCAUCACCAUCAUCAUCACGGGCACCACCAUCACCAUCACCAGCAGCCGGCGAUGGGGCUGGAUCUGUCGCUCGGGCGCAACCCGUUCCUGACGCCGCCACCGUCGGCACCGUCCGCCGGUCCGUAUCUGCCACCGCCGGCCCUGUUCGCCGGCGCAGGAGGCAUGCCGCCGUCCCAUCCGCUCGUCGCGGUCGACGCGAUCCGGGAGUCGGCCGCCCAGCUGCUCUUCAUGAACGUCAACUUCCUCAAGAGCCUGACCCCGUUCACGCAGCUCCCGAUGGCGGACCAGCUCGUGCUGUUCGAGGAGUCGUGGCGCGAGUUCUUCAUCCUGGCCGUGGCCCAAUACCUCGCACCGAUCAACUUCAGCCAGCUGCUGAUCGCGUACGAGUAUCUGAACAACAACCGGGGCGAAACCGGCACCGUGAGCGACUUUCUCGUGAAGGAGGUCGAGAUCUUCCAGGAGAUUCUCGCCCAGCUGGCGGCGCUGCGCGUCGACCCGAACGAGUACGUCUAUCUGCGCGCGAUCGUCCUGUACAAGAGCGAGUUCGACGCGGAAACGAGCAUCUCGAGCGUGAGCAGCGACGGCUCGGACGUAACGACCGCGUCGUCUGCCGGCUCGGCCAAAUCGAUCGGCGAGAUUGCGACGGUCCGGGCGCUGGAGGAAAGCGCGAAGGAAGCGCUCGCGUCCUACAUCAGUACCUGCCGGCCAGGGCCGUCCAACCGGUACCGGACGCUGCUCCAGCUGCUGCCCGCCCUGCGCAACGUGUCGAGCUACACGAUCGAGGAGCUGUUCUUCCGGCGCAACAUCGGACCGGCCCCGCUGCUGAAGCUGCUGCUCGACUUCUACCGACAGAAGUAGAGGGGGAGGGGUGGUACACCACCAAUGUAUCGUCAUACGGACCGAAAUGGGUCGUCUAAUAUCUGUGAUUGCACUAGCGGGUUUUCGUGCCCGAAAGCCCCGAACCGUUGCCCGCCACCGUGGACAAUAAACCGAACGUGCUGGAGUGUUAGAGUUACUAGUAAUAUAGCCUCGCUGUGUAAGGGAACUGCCGUUAGACGCGAGCAAAGUUUCAAAUGUACGGCAGAGUAUUUACUUCGAUGUGUAUAAAAGAAAAAUAUCUUUAUGUAAUUUUAAUAACGCUAGAUCAAUAAUGCGCCAUACAGUCCAAUACAAUCUAAU